AGCCCAGUAAGAACUACGGUGACCACCACCGCCGUGUGACCGCCAUGAACCACCAAAAAUUAGCAUUAUUCCAUCGUCCACCACAACCGAUCGUGUGCAAUAGAGGAAGCUAAGAUGAUGCAAUGAUGAAAACCGCAACAUAUCCAUCCGAUACGAGUAUCAAUCGAGUCAUCUAGACGCCUACGGAGCUCGAUCUAGACGCCUUGACUAGUGAUGAAGAAGACGAUCACCACCACCGCAGCACUGUCCAUGAACUUCUCCUCAUCAACUCUGAUGGCUCGGAUGUAAACAGCCCCCGAAGCAACACUAAUAAUCCAUUUGAUGCAAAUUCUUCUGAUUACAUGCCAUUAACAACUUCUCAAUUGGGAACUGAUGGAGAUAGACCAGAAAUGCACUCAAAGUUUCCUUCCACUAGUCAAUUACCUCGGUUAUUCAGUACGGUUAGGUCAAACGCUAAACCUGGGGCAGCGUUGGCAGCCGCUGCUGCAGCUUCACGGUUGGUUCCAACUCCACAUGCUGCUGCUAUUAAACUCACCAGGGAGAAAUCUAGUACGGAAAGCUUGGAUCCUAAAGCCAAUAUUGGUUCUGAAAUUGGGCAUUCAGAGGCAAAGUUAGUCGACGAAGAUCUUAAACUGGAUCAUUUAGAUACAGCACCGGUAGAAUUGACUGCAAAUUCUCAACUCUGUGCGGAACUGAUUACUGAACAUGAAAAUACAAAACGCGUGCAGUCUCAAUGGUGAAGGUUUACCUAGUGAGGAGAGUUGGCGACAGAUGUUGAAGGACACGCGGGACCUCAUUGACGCCCCUUCAAUACGCUGAGGAGCUUGAAAAGAAGCAUGCAUUUACGGGUCUGCGCUGGGAAGAGGGUGCCGCUGCUCAACCAAUGAAGCUUGAGGGUGUUCACAUGGGAUCAACCGCGUUGGCUUAUUUCAAUACCAGUACUGAUAACACCAUUACCAGGACAAUAUUGUCUUCGUCGUUUAAACGAGACCAUGGAACUCCACAAGCCCUAGCAGUUCAUCUUAACUACAUUGCAGUCGGUAUGUCGAGAGGGUUAAUCGUUGUUGUUCCCAGAAAAUACUCUCCACAUUAUGUUGAUAACAUGGAUGCUAAGAUGUUAAUGCUUGGAUUGCAAGGUGAUAGGCCUUAUGCCACAGUCACAUCCAUGUCGUUUAAUCAUCAUACGCUGACGGGCAUUAUACUGUUUGGGAUGUCCAAAGAGUCUCUGCUGCAAAAAUUGUUACCGAACAUAAAGCGCAAGUAGUUCACAUGCUAUAUCUGGGGAUGGAUUC